AUGUCGCGGCAGGGCCCAAGUAAUGGGUCUUGGGUGGCCUCUAAUGGGUACAGGAGGAACUCCAUGAGAAGCAGUGUGAGCAUCGCGUCCGAUGUGGAAAUGGCGCAUGACGAAGUUUUCUCUGGACCCAUGUCCGAGAGCGUGCCAUCGAGCAUUGCAUCCUUCGCCCACCGUCGUCCCCGUCAAGACUCGAUAGUCACUUUCACCUACCUCACGGAGGACGAAGACAAUCUAGAACAAGGCCCCGAAGAAGCUGUUGCAUACGACAGCGAUCUAGAGGAUGGAAUUUUGUUCAAUGACCGCGACGGUGUCGAGUCUGUUGUUUCACUUUCAAAGCACCACCGGCGAUCUACAGAGUCUUACGUAUCCGCCGAACAUCCGCUUUUGGAUAGGCAUGAAUCCACUCAAUCAUUCCUGGAACGGAAAAAGGCUGGUAAUCGCAUUAGCCAAAAGAUUUAUAUUGCGACGGAGGACUUGACCGCAGUGAUUACCGGAUUCUGUACAAACACCUACGGUUUUGGGCUAUACAUUUUUCUGUGCGUGAUCUCUCUGGGUGUGGGCUAUCUCGUCCUUCGUUGGAUACCAAGGUGGCGCCUUCAAUUGAUAGGGACCACCGCACCGCUCAAGGACUGUCGAUGGGCUGUGAUUGAGGAUCAAUAUGGACAAUUCAAUAUUCACCAGGUCUCUAAACAGCCCUAUGGAUCCCCGCUAUCUACCGUCAUUGACGUAGUAUCACUCGGCAUUCGCGCUGAUAAUGAUGAAGAGAAUGACCCAAUUUUGACUCAUCUUAGGCUUUUGGAGUACAGGUAUCUACGUUUCGUAUAUAACCCUGUGGACGAUACAUUCCAGUCCGUCAGUGGCUGGAAAGACCCUACAUGGACGAGUACCAAACUUAUGCGGUCAGGUUUGGAUGCCGACGAGAGAGAUAAUAGGGAACUUGUAUUUGGCCAAAAUCUGAUCGACGUGCAACAAAGAUCAAUGCCUCAACUUCUAGUCGACGAGGUGCUUCACCCUUUCUAUAUCUUCCAAAUUGCAAGCUUGACCUUGUGGUCCAUGGACCAAUAUUACUACUAUGCUGUCUGCAUUUUCCUCAUUUCUGUCUUCAGUAUUACUGCAACUAUACUUGAGACACGCUCAACAAUGGCACGCCUGAAAGAAGUUUCCCAUUUCGAGUGCAAUGUACGAGUUUUGCGGAACGGAUUUUGGCGAACGGUCUCAUCUGUCGAUUUAGUUCCAGGAGACGUCUUUGAAGUCUCGGAUCCAUCCCUUACCCAGGUGCCAUGCGACUGCUUGCUAUUAUCUGGCGACUGCAUAAUCAACGAAAGCAUGCUUACAGGUGAAUCCGUUCCUGUAUCGAAGAUACCGGCUACAGAGGAUGUACUCGACUAUCUUGACCUGAAAGCCCCUUCUAUCAAUCCAACAGUGGCCAAGAAUUUCCUCUUUUACGGCACAAAGAUUAUUCGGGCAAGACGGCCUCGCCAAUCCAACGAUGAUGUCGAAGCUGUUGCUCUCGGUAUCGCGUUACGAACCGGUUUUUCUACGACCAAAGGCUCCCUUGUUCGCUCAAUGCUCUUCCCUAAACCAUCAGGAUUCAAGUUCUAUCGCGAUUCGUUCCGGUAUAUCUCUGUUAUGGGAAUUAUCGCAUUACUCGGCUUUACGGCAUCCUUUGUGAACUUUAUCAGGCUCGGGCUUCCUUGGCAUACUGUUGUGGUUAGAGCUUUGGAUCUCAUCACUAUCGUCGUCCCACCGGCUCUUCCGGCCACUUUGACUAUAGGGACGAAUUUCGCUAUAUCUAGGCUGAAAAAGCAGCAAAUAUACUGUAUCAGCCCUCAAAGGGUCAAUGUCGGAGGCAAGCUAGACGUUGUCUGUUUUGACAAGACGGGCACUUUGACAGAAGAUGGACUGGAUGUGCUUGGCCUUSGAGCCGUUAACAAAGACAGAAGUUUCAGUGACAUGUUCUCAGAUCCCAAUGAUAUGGUGUCGGCUGCUCGCUCUCAGCGAAGCCCUAAUAUGGACUAUGACAAAUGCCGAGACAUAAUUUGUACGAUGGCUACUUGUCAUUCCCUUCGAGUCGUUGACGGAGAACUUCUCGGGGAUCCGUUGGACAUCAAAAUGUUUGAAUUCACGGGAUGGACAUUUGAAGAGGGUGGAAACACCCAGGUUGAGCAACAAGAGGACGCUACCGGCGAUACUAUUAUACCGUCUGUGGCAAGACCUCCAACUGGCAGUCACGAUUUUCAAAAGGACCAGGUCCCACUAGAACUGGGUGUUCUUCGGUCAUUUGAGUUUGUCUCACACCUUCGACGUACUAGUGUCAUUGUACGACAAUUUGGUGAAAAUGGGGCUAGCGUGUUCGUUAAAGGUGCGCCUGAGUGUAUGAAGGAGAUUUGCCAUGCCGAUACUCUUCCGCCUGAUUUCGAGGACCUGUUGAGCCAUUAUACGCAUAGGGGAUAUCGUGUUAUUGCCUGUGCCGCGAAAUAUGAGCCCAAAUUAAGUUGGAGGAAGAUUCAGAAAAUAUCUAGAGAACAGGCUGAAUCCAGUCUCAGCUUCCUAGGCUUCAUUGUCUUUGAAAACAAAUUAAAAGACACAACUACGCCGGUCAUCACAGACUUGAGAGAAGCCGGCAUACGCACUGUCAUGUGCACAGGAGAUAACAUUCUCACCGCCAUCAGUGUUGCCAGGGAAUGUGGACUCAUAGAUCGAAAUUCGCCAUGCUUUGUUCCCCAUCUUGAUAGUACUCAUCAUCUGGAUCCGAGUGCUUCUUUGACAUGGGAAAGCGUGGAUGACCCAACUGCAAAGCUUGACGAGAAGACUCUUAUGCCCGUGUGGAACCCUGCAACGCAUGAUGUCUCUAUACCUUUGAAUAAGCUUAAUGCAGAUUCAUAUUCGUUGGCUGUCAGUGGAGACAUAUUCCGCUGGCUCAUCGAUUACGGCUCCGAAGAUCUGAUAGAAAGAGUCCUCGUCAAGGGUCAAGUAUUUGCUCGAAUGUCGCCUGAUGAGAAGCAUGAGCUCGUUGAGAAGCUUCAAUCAUUAGAUUACUGCUGUGGAUUUUGUGGCGAUGGAGCCAAUGAUUGCGGUGCACUCAAAGCAGCGGAUGUUGGUAUUUCAUUGUCAGAUGCUGAAGCCUCGGUUGCUGCUCCUUUCACCAGCCGCGUAUUUGACAUAUCCUGUGUUCCGAUAUUGAUAAAGGAGGGCCGAGCUGCAUUGGUCACAAGCUUCUGCUGUUUCAAAUAUAUGAGUCUCUACUCCGCUAUACAGUUCACAUCUGUCAGCUUUUUGUAUACAUCUGCGUCGAAUUUGGGUGACUUCCAGUAUCUCUACAUUGACUUGGCCCUAAUAUUGCCAAUUGCCAUAUUCAUGGGAUGGAACGAUCCGUUUCCAGUACUAUCUCGAAAGCGGCCAACGGCCGACCUUGUCUCUCGAAAGGUCUUGACACCUUUGAUCGGCCAGAUAAUACUUGCAGUUUUGACACAAUUGGCUGUGGUUGAGACUGUUAGGACUAGACCUUGGUACAUACCCCCGAAGGUCGAUGUCGAAGACACCAACAUCGAAAAUUCUGAAAAUACGACAUUGUUCCUUAUUUCGUGUUAUCAGUAUAUACUUUCUAGCGUUGUGCUGAGUGUUGGACCACCAUUUAGACAGCAAAUCUACAAGAACGCUCCUUUCCUCGUCACACUAUUCCUGACACUCGCACUUUCGACCUUCAUGUUGAGUGAAGCAUCAGACAUCGUCAUGACCGUAAUGCAAUUGACACCGAUCACUUUGAGCUUCGAGUUCUUCAUUGUGAUUCUGGCUAUAUGCAGUUUUGCAGCGUCAUGGGUUGCGGAGAACUACGUUUUUCCUGCCCUCGCCCGUAACAUCGGUCGUGCAAUUACUUUCGUCCGACCAAAAAAAGAGAAGAACCGUCGUCGAUAUAAAGUUCUCUUGGAACGGAUGAGGUCGUGA